GGCUGGUUAAAAUUGAGCAGUUGUUAUAUAAGUGUUGAAAGUCAAUGUCUUCAAUAUCUGUACUUGGAUUUCAAAGAUUGUUCAAUUUUUAUUAUUUUUUUUUUUUGUUAAUUUUCUCGCAAAUACAAGAUGUUUACAUAUAUGGCUGUUGCUUAAGGGUGUUUUACAAUAUAUUUUUAUGAAAAUAGUUAUGGAAAUUCUGUAAUGUAUUUGAUCCAAGCUCGAAAGCACAUAUCUAAACUUAUUCUAGUAUAUUGUAAAUAUUUGUGUUGAUAAUAAGUAAUUAAUAGUUUAUUAUAUGUAUAUAUUUAUAUCUACAUUUUUACUUUAUAACCUUAAAUAUUAUUAUUUAAUUAACAUUCAUUUAAAAAGAAUGCUUUAUAAUUUAUUUCUGUACUACAUCUUUAAAACGUUUGAACCAGUAAAAAGUUACACAACGACUUAAGAAUUAUCUUCAAAAGCCAACUUAAAAGUCCUCUUAGAAUUUUUACUGAUUUCAAUACAUUAUCCAAUAAAAUCGCGGUUUUGUACAAUAUGUUAACUUUGAAUACGCACUGUAAAUAACUAGUUUGAAAUAAUGACUGGUUUUAUGGGCGCCCUUCAACAUCACGAACAGAUGAUACCAUUGAACUUGUUCGAGAAAAAAAUUUAAAACAGUGGACGACUGACUGUCAGAGAAAUAGCCAAUAACCUUGGCUAUCAAUUGGUUCUUGUCAUUCGAUUCUAACAGAUGAAAUGGGUAUGAAAAGAUUAUAUGCAAAAUAGGUGUCAAAGCUGUUAACAGUUAACGGACUGAAUGGAACAUCACAUUGAAAUGUGUUUGGAACCAAAAAUAUCUAGUUGCUAAUGAACCAAAUUUGAUCACACCACCAUAUUCACUUGACUUGGCCCUUUGCGCCUUUUUUGUUUUCUAGACUAAAUAUUACACUCAAAGGUCAAAGAUUUGAAGACGUUAAUGAGAUACUUAAAGAAUCGUGGUUUUUGUACAUGUUAUUUUUUAAUACGUUAUACGCGCUGUAAAUAACUAGUUUGAGAUAAUAACUUUGGUUGUAUACUAGAGUACUGGACAUUAUGUUUAUUUUAUUUCUAUAUAAUUAGAUCUGUUAUAACAUUAAUAGUUAAUCGGUUUGAAUUUUAGUCUGGGUAUUUUUUGAACACACCUCUUAUACAAACUUUUGUCUAUAAGAGCUAUUUUCUUGUGUUAAAAAUAUAUAUUCACGCUUAUAAUUUUUGAAAUAUGCACAUGGUAUUUUUAAAAACUUAACCUAUACUUAAUUUAUUCAAGUAUUAUAAAAUACCUGAAAAUACACAUAAUUUACUUACAAUAAAAAACAUUUUUUUAUUUAUUUCAAUAAACAAAAAAAACCUUUGAUACAUGUUCAAUAUUUUAACUCACAAUAUCCCUGUCUCAUUAAUAUUCUAUACUGGUAUGUGGAACAAUAGAUUUCUUAUUUAUACGUCAGAACCCUUUAUAACAUAUAAUUAUGAAUUGUGUUUAUAUUGAUUGAAAGUUUAACACUUAAAAAAAAAAAAAGUAUUGGUUGAACCAUUAAAUUCUACUGGCAUUGUUUUAUCUUAAAAUGUCGAGUUGCUUCAGUGCUUUUUUUAAAAAGCAGUCAUGGAAUUUACAUUUCUUGGUAGAAUUCAAGUAUUUAUUUGUGUUAGGCCUUCUCUCGCUGUCUUCUAAUUGUAUUUUUUUGUUAAUUUGGAGUUUACAAAAAUUUAUUUUCAGAGUUAUUUAGUUGAAGACUUAUUAACAACUAUCAAAGCAGUUUUAACAGCUGUCAGUUUGAUGUUGUAUUUUUUGUCUUGUGCCUACAACAGACACUCAAUACAUUCAUGUUUUGGAAAAUGUUCGGAAGUUUUGUCCUACAACAAAAACGCCUAUUAUUUGAAAAUGUCAUCUGUGUGGAUCAUAACUGCUAUGCAUAUGUUUUGGUUGGUUGUGUUUUUUAUAUGGUCAAUCACGACUCGAGGGCCUGUUCUUAAUUUAUUACUGCAGCUUCAAGACUUUAUUUGCCUUGUCUUCGAAAUGCAAUUUUACGUAAUAUUGUUGCUGAUAAAAUCUUCACUUGAAAUGAUCAUUCAUAAGAUAUCUAACUUUUGUCGUAUGAUCAAGGAAAACAAAAUUGGUACAAAAUAUCUUUUGCCCAACUACUUUGCUAAUUACUUAGAGGAUGCCAGACUCUUGCAUAUGGAAAUAUUUGAUAUUAUGAUUAAAGCCAACCAAAUUUAUGGACUUCAUUCUUUUGUCAUUAUUAUUAAAUCAAGAAUUUUGUUUACAAUGAAUGUAUACUUCUAUAUAACAAGUUCUAACUCAAUGGAACUCAUGGAGAGUAUAGCAGCAUUUCAGCGAAUUGCAUUGCUGUGUUAUUGCAGUGAACUUAUAAAAAGAAAUGAAAAAAAAAUCAAAAGUGGAAUAAAUGAAAUGGACGUCUAUUUUUCACACGGAAAGUAUUAUAAUCAUCAGAGGCUUUUGUUCAAUUAUCAAGUGGCUAAAUUGAACUUUGAUUUGGAAGCUUGUGAAAUGUUUCCUAUUAAUUUAGAAACAUUUUUAUCUAUUUUAAUUACUACUGCAAGUUAUUUAUUAUUAUUUAGUCAACUUAAUUUAACUUUAUAAUUUAAUGAAUUGUUUAUUUUUAUGAAAAAUUGUUCAAAGAAUAAUAAAACUUCAAGUACAAUUUUUAGUUACUAUUGUAAACCUGUUUUUGGAUAUUAUAUAAUAAAUAUGCAUAAUAAACAUGGGUACAUGAUGUUUUUCUUUGUUAGUUAACCAGUGGCGUAGAUACGAUUUUUUUUUUUGGGGGGAGGGUUAAAGUAGUGUUGGUGUUAUUGAACACCGUUAUCGCUGUUUUUGACGAUUUUGUAAUUGAUUUUAGAAGUGUAAACACUCGGAUAAUUUCUAUAAUUAUAUUAUAUAUGUAAUUUAUAUUUGUAUUAUUUACCUAU